AAAUGCUUGCAUUUCAUUGGUCAAUAUCUUGUAACGCUCAAGUUCCAUCUUCUACCGGCGUCAUUCUGCCAUUCUGAAGUUGUUGUUUGACCAUCAAGUUUGCGUUGCAAGUAAAAUUGUCAUAAUCUACGUUUGAUCGACGAUCUUCGCUUCGAAUUUUGAAACAUGGGAGACCGUGACAGAAAGGUUUCCACGGCUCGCGUCUACGUAGGAGGGCUCAACGAAACUAUCAAGAAAGAAGAUUUGGAAACCGAGUUCGAGAAAUAUGGUAAACUCAACUCUGUUUGGGUUGCAUUCAAUCCCCCUGGCUUUGCUUUUAUUGAAUUCGACGAAAUGACCGAUGCCGAAUCAGCCUGUGAUAGCUUGAAUGGCACAGACAUGUUCGGUUCGAAAUUGAUUGUCGAAAUUGCAAGAGGCAGGUCACGAAGAGGAGGGUUCAGAGGAGGUCGUGGUGGAGGCGGCUAUCGAGGAGGUGGCGGUGGUGGUGGAUUCAGAGGAGGAAGACCUUCCUUUGAUAGGUACGGUGGUCCCCCAAGAAGAAAUAGUGGAGGCCCUGGAGAUAGAUUUGGAGGAAGAGACCAAGGAAGAAGAAGUGAUGGCUUCCGAGGAAGGUCAGACAGUUAUGGUGGUAGAGGAGGUGGUGGUCCAAGAAGAUUUGAUGAUAAUGCAAGAUUCCGUUCAAGGUCCCCAGCUGGUGGUGGUGGUGGACCAAGACGUUAACUUUAGGUAUAUUAUUGAGGAACCACAAAUUUGUUUUUUUUAAUUUGAAUCAGUCUUUAUGCUCAUGUUCUUAAUAAUAGUUAUUAAGUAUAUUUGAUAAGACUCGUUUUUGUCGAGACUGUUAUUAAGUAUGAAUUUUUAUAAUUUGACAUGAUUGUGUGAUUUCAAAUUGAAAUUAAUAUUAAGAAAACAUAUUUAUUUAAUUUGGCAUUGUAUGAAUGCUGAACAUCAUUUUAUAUGUUUUGACUGUAAUAAAUUAGUGUAAAGUAAA